AUGGCCCACCAUCGUCAAGGAACCCGCCAGACUCACAGGAGUUCAGAAGGCGCCGGCUUUCCUCCGCGGUCCUCCUCACGCCUCGACCGCGAAGCCGCCCACCGAUCCGCCCCCGCCGCUCCUCCCUCGCGACCCGCCGCUGCGCCCCCUGCUGUCGAUCCCGUCGCACCUCGUCCCAGAGACCGCUCUGUCCUCGCAGCCGACGUCCCCGACAGCUACCGCGACUCCUUCACAUCAAUCGUUGACGAUCCCUUCUUCCAGCGAUUUGACGACCACAACAUACGCGACCUGCAGCUGUUCGAAUCCGACCCAUCCUCUCACGACGCGACCCCGAUCCGCGAUGACGACUCUGAUGACCAGCGCUGGCCGCCACCUCGAAGAGAGUCCCUAACUAUCGGACACACACCUCAUUGGCAACCAAACUCAGCCAAUAUGGAUAGUCUCAACAUAGCAAUCAUCGGUGCCACUGGCGUCGGCAAAUCUUCCUAUAUCCAGCGCGUUCUCGGCCUCUCGCGCCCUCCAAUCUCCAAUGCCUCGAGCGUCCGCCUCGUCGUCGAUAACAUGACCUUUGGCGUCACACUGCUCGAGCUUGAUCUUGAAUACUUCGACAUGAGCCCGGCCCAUCCCAUACAAUGGCCAAAACAGAUCAACGGUCACAUCGUGCCUCGCGUCGAUGGCGCGCUAAUAUUAUAUGAUGUUACCAAGGGGGAAACAAUGAAGGAACUCCCCGAAACUAUCGCUGCUUUGACCAAAGCCGGCCUUCCGGCCGUCCUCGUCGCCAACAAAUGUGACCCUGGCAACGUUCGCCAGGUCGACACGCAGCUCGUUGCCAAUCAUGACUUGUUCAAAUCAUGCGUUGCUACCUACAACCUUUCCUCCAACGCGCCCGAAAGAGCACGAGCCUGCCUGCACACAGUGGUCAAGGCGGCAGUCGCCAACCGCAAGGAUCCUCAAGGGGCUGAGCCGGCAGCGUCGCGUCGGCGCGCGGCAUCCACUGCUAAUCUCGACACACUCGACGCACCCACCAAUCGACCCCUCAGCCAGCAGAGCAAACACAGCCGCGCAAGCUCGGAUCUGUCCCUGCUGCGUGGUGCGCCUAUCGACCAGUACCGACCAUCGUCCCGAAGCCCCCGACUGGCCGCUUUCAACAAUGCCCAACCGGGCGCCUCGACCUUCGCAGCAGAGCCUUCUGGCGACGAAUUCAAUCAAUCCGUCUCGAGUAUGCUCCGGACGCCUGGAAUUCGACUAGACCGAGCGCCGAACGACUCCUUCUUGGACAUGGACGAAUCAGACGCCGAAUCACGCAACAGCCCCGAUGACAUACCCAUCCUGCAACGCAAUGACGAGGCUCUCUCUGAUAAGCCUGCCAAGGCUGCCGCCGGCGUGUCAUUUGGUGAGCUCGUCGAUCGGCUGAUCUCGUUGAAGAUGUCGAGAGCCGAUCACAACUUUCUCGAGGUGUUCCUAUGCCUCUACCGGAAGUUUGCCGCCCCAGGCGAGCUCUUCUCAUCUAUACUGAUUAGGCUCGACCGCGUUCGGGACGACAAGACGGCGCACCACCUGACCAAGACAGCCACUCAGCUUCGCAUUAUUGAGGUUGUGGCUCGAUGGGUAUCUUUGUAUCCAGGGGAUUUCGCCCGUCCUGCCACGCGACGGAAUCUGGAGGAUUUCAUACGCCAUCUCUCCACAGAACCCAUAUUCUGCAUUGCAGCGCGGCAGAUCCGCCAGCAUCUCGAACAUAGCGUGGUGGAAGACGAUGACACCGGUUGGGCCAAGUCAGAUGACGUCGCUGACAAGGCGGCCAGUCGGGUUUUGUCCAAGGAAGCGUCACGCUCCAUGUCGGACAUCUCUGUCGGCGUGAGCAGCUUGUAUCUGGACGACGACAAGAUGGGCGACGACAGACCAUCUGGCAGUUCCGACAUCUUGCAGGUCGACAGGGUCAACAGCUUUGUUUCUUUGCAGUCCUUCGAUGACUAUGAGAGGGAGGCUGCCACCAUGGAACCGACUGACGUCUUGCCCAUGAACAAGUUCCGCUAUCAUAUUUUUAUGGACAUUCCCGAAGACGACAUAGCCGAAGAAAUGACGCGGAUUGAUUGGGUCAUGUUCUCGUCAAUUCGCAUUCGAGAUUUCGUCCGGCACGUCAGCCUGCCAAUUGACCAGCGCGCCAAGUGCAAGAGCUUGAAGAACGUGAAUCGCAUGAUCAACCACUUCAACCAUGUAGCAAAAUGGGCAGCAAACUUGAUCCUGCUGAGAGACAAGCCAAAGCACCGAGCACAGAUGCUAGAAAAGUUCAUGGCUGUUGCGGGCAAGCUCCGACGCAUGAACAACUACAGCGGCUUGGCAGCGGUAUUGGCUGGCAUCAACGGAACUGCAGUGCAUCGGCUGGCACAGACCUGGGCGCUGGUGCCGCCGGACAGGAAGCGGGCGUUUGCUAAGUUGGGCAUCCUCAUGGGCACGCAGAAGAGUCACUUUGCGUACAGACUGGCGUGGGAGAACUCACCACUACCCCGGAUCCCGUACAUCCCUCUGCAUCGUCGAGAUCUGGUCUCGGCUGAAGAAGGCAGCAAAACAUUUAUUGGCACGGACAGCGAUCGGAUCAACUGGAAAAAGUUCGAGGUUCUCGGCGAAAUCUUGCUGCCCAUCAUGAAGAGUCAGAGUACAGCCUACCCAAAUCUCACGAAGCUGGAAUCAGCUCGGGAGCUCAUCUUGGAUUGCCGCAUGCCCACAGACGAUGAAGAGAUUUACCAGCGCAGUGUGCAAGUGGAGAGCACAACAGGGGGGCCAUCGGACCUGUCGAAGAAGAAGUUUCCAUGGUUCGCCAACGAGCCGGUGAAGAGCACGGGCAGGCAAGGGUGGCAUGGGCACAUGGAACUUGCAGCCCACUGUAACGUCUCCAUCGAGGCUCUGCGGCUCUGGGAUGUGUCCAAACGGAAGGGCUGGCAGAAGCAAUACAUCAUGGUUGUGUUUGACGGCCACGAGUACCUGACCGAGGAGGAGAAGCGUCUCGGCCAGGACAGGAAGCGGGAGAAGUACUGGAAGAAAUGGGGUCCCUAUGUCGCGGAGCGCCAGUGGGCCACCGUGCGCGAGGAUUACAGCCCUGACGGCGAUGCUUGGAGUCACUUCAGCCACGAGCACUCGCGCUCCCGCGCCUACCGAUGGGGCGAGGACGGCAUCUCGGGUGUUUGUGAUACACAUGGCUUCCAGAACAUCGCAUUUGCGUUUUGGAACGAAGAGGAUGGUUUCCUCAAGGAGAGGCUGUUUGGUCUUUCAAACCCCCAGGGAAACCAUGGCGAAGGUGUCAAGGAGGCCCAUUUCCACGUCGACAACACGCCGCGCCGUAAAGCUCACACCUCACAGCACUCGUACAUGAAGUUCCUCUACAAAUACCCCCAGAAGAAGUUCCCCUACGAAGACCUUUUGGCUGAGAACGCCCGCCGCGGAAAGGCGGACAAUGAGUAUCAGAUUAUCGACACGGGUGUCUUUGACGAAGAUCGUUACUGGGACAUUUUUAUUGAGACGGCCAAGGAAUCAGAUGACCCCGACGAACUCCUCUUCCGAGUUACUGCCUGGAACAGAGGACCCGACCCGGCGCCCAUCCACAUUGUGCCGCACAUGUGGUUCCGCAACACCUGGGCUUGGGGCCGCGAGCCCGAGGACAAGAAGCCCUCUCUGGGCAUUCACGGCGAGAAUCAAGUCAAGUCCAAGCAUCACUCCCUCGGCGAGCGCUUCCUCUCCAUGUCGCCCUCUCCCGGCGUCGGCGCCAGUGGUGAGGAUGUUCUCCCGAAGAUGAUGUUCACCGAUAACGACACCAACUUUGAGACUCUGUACAAGCAAGAAAACAAGACUCCCUACGUCAAGGACGCCUUCCACAAGUACAUCGUCAAUGGCGAGAAGAAGGCCAUCAACCCCGCUCAGACCGGUACCAAAGCCGCCGCUUGGUUCAACUUCAACGAGGACGGCGGUGUCAACCCUGGCGAGUGCGCCGUGGUCCGUUUCCGAUUCUCCAAGAAGGACUUGCCCUACUUCGAUGAGGGUGAAUUCGACGAUGUUAUGGACCAGCGUGUGGCCGAUGCCGACGACUUCUACUACAGAAUCAGCCCGCUGCCCAUGGCUGAUGAUUUGCGCAACAUCCAGCGCCAAGCCUUCUCCGGCAUGAUGUGGACCAAGCAGCACUAUCUGUUCAUCUGGGACCAGUGGGCAAACGGCGAUCCUACGCAGCCGCCUCCCCCGCCUGGCCGGAAAGCCGUCAGAAACUCCCAGUGGAAACACAUGCACUGCGACGAUAUUCUCUCGAUGCCCGAUUCGUGGGAAUACCCGUUCUUCGCUGCUUGGGAUAGUGCCUUCCACUGUAUCCCGUUGGCUAUGAUCGAUCCCGACUUUGCGAAGAAGCAGCUCGAUCUCUUCACUCGCGAGUGGUACUGCCAUCCCAAUGGACAACUCCCUGCGUAUGAGUGGAACUUUGGUGAUGUGAACCCGCCUGUCCAUGCCUGGGCCACUUUCCGUACCUUCAAGAUUGAGCGUAAGCUGUACGGCCGUCAGGAUCUCGACUUCCUGGAGCGUGUCUUCCAGAAGCUGCUUCUGAACUUCACCUGGUGGGUGAACCGCAAGGAUUCCGAGGGCAAGAAUGUUUUUGAGGGAGGCUUCCUCGGCCUCGACAACAUCGGUCUGUUCAAUCGAUCUGAGCCUCUGCCGACAGGCGGUUCCCUCGAGCAGGCGGACAGUACUGGCUGGAUGGCGUUCUACUGCCUGAGCAUGCUGAACAUUGCCCUUGAGCUGGCGAAGCACAGGCGGACAUAUGAGGACAUUGCGUCCAAGUUCUUCGAGCACUUCAUCUUCAUCAGUGAUGCCAUGACUUUCAGGACAGGCGAUAAGGACGAGAAGUCGCUCUGGAACGAUGAAGAUGGUUUCUACUACGAUGCCAUCUCAUGGGGUGGUCCCUGGAUUCAGCAACUGCCGGUUCGCUCGCUCGUCGGUCUCAUCCCCCUUUACGCAACGAUGACGUUGGAGCCGGAGCUCAUUAACAAACUCCCAUCUUUCAAGAAGCGUGUCGAUUGGUUCAUCGAGAAUCGUCCCGACAUGGCGGAGCGGAACAUGGCCAGUUUGCAAAAGCGUGGCAAGGGCAACAGGAUCCUUCUGUCGAUUGUUAGCAAGGACAGGUUGGAGAAGAUUCUCCACCGCAUGCUUGAUGAGGACGAGUUUUUCAGCGAGCACGGCAUCCGCUCCCUGUCCAAAUACCACAAGGAGAACCCCUUCUCCAUGGACGUCAACGGACAGAAGUUCUCUGUCGGCUACGUCCCUGGCGACUCCGACAGUGGUCUCUUUGGUGGCAACAGUAACUGGAGAGGCCCUAUCUGGCUCUGCGUCAACUUCUUGCUUGUCGAGUCGCUGCAGCGUUUCUUCCUCUUCUAUGGCCACGAGUUCCAGGUUGAGUGUCCCACCGGUAGCGGUGACUUCAUGCAUCUGGGUCACGUCUCUGAGGAGAUCCAACAUCGUCUGCAGCAUCUCAUGACCCGCAACGACGAUGGCCGCAGAAGCAUCAAUGACGGCAAUGACACGCUAGACUUUGAUCCCCACUGGAGGGACUACCUUUGGUUCUACGAGUUCUUUGAUGGUGACUCUGGCCGCGGCCUCGGAGCUACGCACCAGUGUGGCUGGACUGGACUGAUGGCGCGCAUGAUUCACGACACAGGAACCAACUGCCGUCUGCCUCACACCCCACGCACCCCCUCUGUGGGCAUGGCGCACUACUUUGAUGACGUUUUCACACGGAACACAGGCCGUCGCGGAUCUGUGCAUUCGAUUCGUGGUAUUCGCCGAUCCUCUACGGCACGAUCUAUUGACGCAAGGAGUGACUUUGACAACGAUAUCAAUGGCGACGACUCUCUCGGCAACUCGACUCAUGACCUCGAACGUGAGCGUGAAACGGCUGAGGCCGACCAGCACAUGCACCAGUACAUCAACAGCCAGCUGGAGCGGUUCCGUGACGACAAGGGAGGAGCCACCGACUCGCAGCAUGAUGAGUAUGAGGCAACUCCCUGA